GGCGAAUUGCACCAUCUUCGAAGUCAGCCCACGGUCUCUGUUUACACCACAACAAAUACUUCGCUCGCCAGUCUUUCUGCCAUUGCGACCCAGCCUUUCCGCCAACCGCCCACCAUGUCUACGAAAACGCGCCCCGCUAUCCCGCCCGUCGUGAUGGACAACGUCACGCAGAACAUCGGCAACACGCCGCUCGUGCGGCUCAACAAGAUCCCACAGUCCCUCGGCAUAGAAGCAACCGUGUACGGCAAGCUCGAAAUGUUCAACGCGGGCGGCAGCGUCAAAGACCGGAUCGCGCUGCGCAUGGUCGAGGAAGCCGAGAAGUCCGGGCGCAUAAAGCCCGGCGACACGCUCAUCGAGCCGACCUCUGGAAACACGGGCAUUGGCCUUGCCCUCGUGGGCGCUGUGAAAGGCUACAGGGUUAUCAUCACGCUGCCGGAGAAGAUGAGCCCGGAGAAGGUGGCGGUGCUGAAGGCGCUGGGCGCUGAGGUGGUGAGGACGCCGACGAGUGCGGCGUGGGAUAGUCCGGAGAGCCAUAUUGGCGUUGCGAGGAGAUUGGUUAAGGAGCUGCCGAAUGCGCAUAUUCUGGAUCAGUACACGAACCCGGAUAACCCGCUGGCGCACGAGUACGGCACCGCGGAGGAAAUUUGGACUCAGACGGACGGCACGGUGACAUGCUGCAUCGCUGGCGCGGGGACUGGCGGUACAAUCACUGGGCUCGCGUGGGGUCUACGGAAGCACAACAAGGACGUCAAGAUCGUGGCUGCGGAUCCACAGGGCAGUAUCCUCGCGUUGCCCGAGGCGCUCAACGAGGAACACAAGAACGAGGCGUAUAAGGUGGAGGGCAUUGGGUAUGAUUUCAUCCCCGAGGUGCUGGAUCAGAGCGUGGUGGAUAAGUGGUAUAAGACGGAUGAUCGGACGGCGUUUCAGUAUGCGCGGAGGCUGAUUACGGAGGAGGGGAUACUGUGUGGUGGGAGUAGCGGGAGUGCCAUUGAUGCGACGGUGAGGGCGGUCAGGGAUCUGAAUUUGGGGAAGGAUGAUGUGGUUGUGGUUAUCCUGCCGGACAGUAUACGGAGUUACCUCAGCAAGUUCGUAGACGACGACUGGCUCGCAGCCAACGACCUCCUCCCGCCCACACCCCCCGUCACCCCCUCCGCGCCCCUGCACCGCACCCGCUCCUCCAGCAUAAAAAACGACCCCUUCCACGGCGCGACCAUCGCCUCCCUGCGCCUCAAACCCGUAACCAACAUCCCCACCACCUCCCCCUGCAGCGAAGCCAUCGAAACCAUGCGCGAAAAAGGCUUCGACCAGCUCCCCGUGUCGCUCUACCCCUCCACCGGCAAGCAGCGCCUCGUCGGGCUCGUCACGCUCGGCAACCUGCUCAGCUACAUCGCGUCCGGGCGCGCGACGCCCAAGUCCAGCGUCGAGGACGUCAUGUUCGACUUCCGCAAGCUGCACGAGGUGGUUACGGAUCUGGGGCAUUUGCACCUCGAGGGCGGGCGCAAGAAGAGCGAGAAAGAGCGCAGGGAGUUUGUCGAGAUUACCAAGGAUACCAAGCUUAGUGAGUUGAAUAAGUUCUUUGAGUGGAAUAGUGCCGCGGUUGUGACGGAGAGGGUGGAGGGCGAACUUAGGGCUACGGGGGUGGUGACGAAGGUGGAUCUUUUGACGUGGAUGGUUAGGAUGGGGAAGGUUAAUGGGGGUAAAGAGUAGGGGGGUAUGUAGUGUGAGCGUUUCUAGGGAUGGAACUUAAAGGGCUGUGAAUAUGGGUCGGUGGGGGAAGAUUGGGGUUCAACUGAUUUAUGGAGCGAGGUGUUAUGGUGCUUUUGCUCUGGGUGGGUGGGCAUCUGGUCUGUCUGUAACUGUAAAAAGACUUCUUCUUCAACGGCAUCGUACUAGAGAGAGAAAUAGAUGGGACUUCAACGUCUGCCAGCAGCCUCUCCGAUCAGAGUAAGAACGUUUGUUUGUCGUCAAUCGUCGUGGGGAACGAGAGAAGGACUGGGGGAAACAUCACCCAUCUGCUUUUUCUUUAUCCCCUCCUCCAUCCGAUGUAUCUUCGAACGCUAGUUACGGGUAGGGGUAUAUAAACCCUUCCCCUCCCCGCUUCGCUGGAU